AUGUCGCCUACUUUCGAAUCAUCGAAAACCAAGGCCUUGCCAAAUUAUAACGGGAAAACUCACUUGCUCAAUACCGGAUCCGUGAUUCCUGCCAUCGGAUUGGGUACUUUUCAGGACCCCGACGAGCAAGAACUGUCCGUCUAUACGGCCCUGAAAGCAGGAUACCGUCAUAUUGACACUGCUCACAAUUACGGGACCGAAAGACAAGUUGGUAAAGGCAUCGCGAGAAGUGGCAUACCGCGAGAAGACAUUUUUGUUACCACAAAGCUGUGGUGCAAUUCUCACCACCCGGAUGAUGUUGAGCCGGCGUUGGAUGGAUCACUCAGCGAGCUUGGUCUUGAUUACGUUGAUCUAUACCUGAUGCACUACCCGUGUGCGUUCAAGCGUGGUCCGGAUUUUCUUCCGAUGGGGUCUGAUAACAAGAUGAUUUCGGACCCCACGCCUUUUAUAGACACUUGGAGAGCGAUGGAAAUGCUCUUGCGGGCUGGGAAAGUCAGAGCGAUCGGUGUGUCUAAUUUCAGCCAGGUCGAGCUUGAAACCCUUCUCAAAGAAGGCACUGUGACACCAGCUGUCCAUAAAAUGGAGCUCCAUCCAUACUUGCAGCAACCGGAAUUUGUCGAAUGGCAUAAGGCACAGGGAAUCCACAUAAUCCAGUUCAGCCCGUGUGGCAAUCUCAACAAUUUCUAUCGCGAAGUGUCUUGGGGAAAGUCAAUUGCCCAAAUGACCCGAUUGAUCGACCAUCCGACCCUGGCCGAAGUAGCAGCUAAGUAUGGCAAAACACCUAUUCAGACUGCACUCGCCUGGGCCGUGACGCAAGGUCGUUCGGUUAUUCCUAAAAGCACCAUUAAGUGGCAGAUUGAGGAAAACCUGCAAGCGGACUUUGAGCUGGCAGAAGAAGAUGUAGCAAAGAUUGCCUCGAUGGACCAAAAAGCCCGGUUCAAUGAUCCCAGUACCGAUUUUGGCUACAAUCUUUACAUUGGAUUGGAUGGUGCUGCCUCAUAA